AUGACGCUUGAAGAGACCGAACCACGUUCGCUCCGGCGCGACGCCGACGAGGCCAUCGGGGUCUCGGACAUCGUGCUGGUCAUUGCCACGGGCGUCCUUCUAGGACCUGAAAUCGGUGGCCUCAUCAGCACCGAGUACUCCUUGUGCUCACAUGCACGUCACGUUUCGGAGUGCGAGUGCAGCGAUGUGAACCAUCUCACCGAGCACCUGAAGAAGAUCCAGGAAAAGGACCUUUGCCACAUCGAGGACUACGAGCAUUCCAAUGAUACGCACGCGGAUACCGCACACCGGCGCUUGGCCGGUGGUGGCGUCUACACAAGCUACGAGGAGUGUCUUGAGAAGAGUUGCCAUGCUGAGAUCUCUCACGAAUGCCAGUUGACUCCAGACAUGUUCACCCUCAUUGGGCAUGCCGGAGUGGCGCUGAUGAUUUUCGAAAGUGGCAUGCACUUCGACUUUCAGAAAGCUAAGGUGGUGGGACCUAAAGCGUGUGUGGUCGCCGUCCUUGGCACCAUCUUGCCCUUGGCGGCCGGAACGCUGCUCACCAUGGCCUUUCAGAAGCCCUUUUUCCCUCAAGGUGUGGCUGCGGGCACGGCGUUGGCACCCACCAGCGUGGGCAUUGCGCUGAGGCUGCUCGGAGAGGCAGGAGUGCUGAAGGAGAAUUUCGGGCAGGCCAUCAUCACCGCGGCCUUCGUGGACGACAUUUUGUCCUUGAUCCUCUUCAACGUGCUUUUUUCCUUAGGUGGAGACUUUGAUGUGGUACAAGUGGUGGUGAAUCCCGUGGUCGGCGUCGUCCUGAUGGUCCUGGCCACUUUGCUCGCCUUGCACUUCUGGCCGAAGUUUAUCAAUGGCUGGCUGCUCCCCAAGGUCCCAGUCAAGGAGGGGGCCAAGGUCGCGCGGACCGACGAAGUGCUUUUCUUGCUGAUGUUUGCAUUGCUGCUUAUCUAUGCGGCCAUCACACACUUCCUGGGCACCCAUUUGUGGGGCUGCUUCAUUGCUGGGAUGUCUUUCGCCACCCUGGAACCUCAGCACCACGCACACCACGUCUGGGUGAGGCAAACUAAGCGGAUGACCUCAUGGAUGAUCCGCAUCUUCUUCGCCUGCACGGUGGCCUUUUCCAUCCCCAUCACCCAACUCUUGAGCGUCGAAGCUCUUUGGAAGGGAUCCAUUAUGGGCGUCGUGGCCUGUAUCCUGACGAAAGUUCUUUGCGCCCCCUUCAUGGGGAAGGCACGCUGGGUCAUCGGCUGGGCCAUGGUUGGCCGGGCAGAGUUUGCCUACUUGAUCGCGCAAAUGGCCAAUGCGGCCAACAUGUUGGAUGAAGAGAUGUUCUCCAUCAUAAUUUGGGCCUUGCUUUGGGCCACGGUGGUCGCUCCCCUGGUCUUCCGCUACGUGCUGAACCGCUACGUGAAGUCCGAGGGCCUGGAGGACCAGCCACCCAACAUGUCCUUCUUCCAUAGCGAGUCGCCACGGAAGCUGGCCUGA